CGGCGACGCGGGCGUGGGAGGACCCGGAUGUGGCUCGAUCCCAAUAUGGCGGCGGCAACGGCCGAGGUCAUCCUGAGGGAAUUCCGUUCUUCCCGUGCAGCCCUUUUCCCGGAAGACUCGGAAUGCGGAGCUGAGGGAGGAAAGUUUUCCCUUUCUGGAAGGAAAACAACAUCUCGGAGCAACCCCAACACACUUCCAGCAGGAUCUGCCUGGGAUUGGGAAUACUUGCUUUCACCUAUUCUGCCAGAAUCCCGAGCACAUCCCAGGCCAUGUUCUCCAAGAAGAAGAAGCGGGUGGAGAUCUCGGCGCCGUCCAACUUCGAGCACCGGGUGCACACGGGGUAUGACCCCUCGGAGCAGCGCUUCACGGGACUGCCCCGUCAGUGGCAGGGCCUGCUCGAGGAGUCCGCUCGGCGCCCCAAACCCCUCGUGGACCCCGCCUGCAUCACUGCCAUCCGCGGGGCCCACAAGCCCAUUGUGCGUGGCUCCAAAGGGACCCGGGAUGGCACCCCUGGGGGCCGGGACGGGACCCUGGCGUGGCUCCUGGAUGAGCUAGAGGCCGUGUCUGUGACCCGCUCCAACUCCCUGCGUCGGGACAGCCCCCCCUGCCCCUCCCGGCACCUCCCUAAGAACGGCCUGGCCCCGGGGCUCCCCCAUUCCCACCCGGAGCCUGGCAAGAGCCGCCACCACCAUGGGGACGCGGAGCCACGACCUCCCCAGACCCGGGAGCGGGAGGACCCCAAAGCUGCAGCUGGGCGGGAGCCCCCCCACCCCUCCGGGGGUCGCCCCAAAUCCAGCUCAGCUGGAGAGGGGCCCCCCCGGCCCCCACCCCGUGAGCAGCGCCCACUCUCAGGGUCUGACCUGCGGCCCCCUGAGAUUCCCGGCGUUCCUGGCGCUCCCGGAGUGGGGCUGAAGACGGCGCCCGGACGCCCCUUCCACACGUACCCCCGCGCCGACACCGACCCCAGCCGGGGGGGCAGCGCCCAGGCCGAGCACCGCCCGGGACGCCUGCAGGAGGUCACCCCCAAUGGACCGGUCCCCACCGGUGCUCCCAGUGCCUCCCACGCCCCUGGCCCCCCGUGCCCUCCCAAAGCCCUGGAGCCGCCUCCCCCUGCCCCAGACCCCGCAGCCCCACGUCCCUCUGGCCCUGCUCCUGCCCCGUUGGGGGGACCCCAGCGUGUGUCCCAUGAGCAGUUCCGGGCAGCGCUGCAGAUGGUGGUGGACCCUGGCGACCCCCGCACGUACCUGGACAACUUCAUCAAGAUUGGCGAGGGCUCCACGGGCAUCGUCUGCAUUGCAACUGUGCGCGGCUCUGGCAAGCUCGUGGCCGUCAAAAAGAUGGACUUGCGCAAACAGCAGCGGCGGGAACUGCUCUUCAAUGAGGUGGUGAUCAUGCGGGACCACCAGCACGAGAACGUGGUGGAGAUGUACAACAGUUACCUGGUGGGUGACGAGCUCUGGGUGGUCAUGGAGUUCCUGGAGGGUGGUGCCCUGACCGACAUCGUCACCCACACCAGGAUGUCCGAGGAGCAGAUUGCAGCCGUGUGCCGCUCUGUGCUGCGGGCGCUCGCCGUGCUCCACUCCCAGGGCGUAAUCCACCGUGACAUUAAGAGCGACUCCAUCCUUCUCACACACGACGGGCGGGUUAAACUCUCAGAUUUCGGGUUCUGCGCCCAAGUGAACAAGGAGGUGCCACGGCGCAAGUCCCUGGUGGGCACCCCCUACUGGAUGGCCCCCGAGCUCAUCUCCCGCCUGCCCUAUGGCCCUGAGGUAGACAUCUGGUCCCUGGGGGUGAUGGUCAUCGAGAUGGUGGAUGGGGAACCCCCUUAUUUCAACGAGCCCCCACUCAAAGCCAUGAAGCUGAUCCGGGACAACCUCCCACCCCGGCUCAAGAAUGGCCACAAGGUGUCACCAUCGCUGAAAGGGUUCCUGGAGCGGAUGCUGGUGCGGGACCCGGCACAGCGGGCGAGUGCCCCAGAGCUGCUCCGCCACCCAUUCCUGGGUGUCGCGGGCCCCCCUGCCUGUAUUGUACCCCUCAUGCGGCAGCACCGGCUGCGGUGAGACCCCCCCACCCUGGGGGAGACUCCCUGGACCCCCUUCUGCGCCUCCUCCUGCUCCUUCUCCUCGGCGCCACCCCCAAACUGGAGCAGGACUGGGAUGUUCCUGGAAGGCACUGCUGGGGGGUGCUGGCCCCCUGACCUGUACUACUGAGCUGGGGACCCCACAGCAGAGAUUUGAAGGGGUAGCUGCCAUCCCAGAGUUUUGAGGGUGCAGGGGCUCAUCCCGGUGCCCCCUGCCUUUGGGACCCAUUUUGGGGCAUUUUCUCCUUUUUUUGUUUCUUUUAGCCCCAUCUUUUCUAUUCCCCUCAGGCAACAGGGUAUUGCCCCCCUACAUCUCCAUGACGGGGGGUCCCCAAAACUACAGUCCCCUUCCUCCCCCCACCACAACACACCACACUACUGAUUCGGGGUGUGUCCCCCCUGCCCAGACCCUCCUUGCCUUUGUUUUGUUUUUGUUGAUUUGGGAUUUUUUUCUGUUGGUCCCUUCCACGAAAACUCCCCCCUGCCCCCACAGUCUUGUUUUUUAACGAAGUGAUAUUUAUAUGGUCGGGUUUUGUACUGCACAGGACGGGGGGCCCCUGGGGGGACAUGGGGGACCCCCCCCAAAUUACAUGUGUCCUUUUGGAACACCA